AAGUAACAACGAACAGCGUAUAAAAUUAAAAAAUUAUUGAGUGUUAAUUGUCGCGAACCACAAGAUGAGUAGAAAAUCGCGAAAACGGAAUCGCGAGGAUCGCGAGGACGAUGAAAGUCGAAGGAAAAAGAAGAGUUCAGAGAAGAAAUCGAGGAAAAGAGAAGCGACGACAGAAUCUGACGACCAACAUGGCGGAUCGGACAAAAAGCGUCGAAGAUUUCGCGCCCGUUCGAGAUCGAGAGAAAAACGUUCUCGUAGCCGCUCACACGAGCGACACCGCGCAGAACGUAGGCGUGAGCGCUCCAGGUCGAGAUCGAGAAGCCGCAGACGGGGUGAGCGUGCGAGUUGCGAUCGCAGGUCUGUAUCGACAGUGACGUCAAGGGKGCAURCAUACACCCCGCCCCCGUGCAACGAGAAGGUGCCUGUCGUUUCGGCCGUGCCUCCAGCGUUUGUUGCAGCGCCACUGGUGGAAAACGAAGACAGCAACGAGUUCAGAAACAAUGAAUUGUUGAUCGAAGAUAUAAUUCAAGGCGACAAGGAAAACACGGUCCCUAAAACGGGUGACGACGCGAAAGAAGAGGGAGAGAUCGUGGACGAAGAAAUUUUACAAGUGUUCGGUGACGACCCAACCAAAUCCAACAAGGUGGAUGCAAAGAUUCACCCGUCAUUCAAGCCUCACUGGGAUUAUUGGCUGCGUCGGGCCUCAAAAAAGAGGAUACGGAAAAGUUGUUGGAGAAAUAUAAUCAAGACGAAUCCUUCAGUGCUCCAACGCUGA